CAAAGAUUCAUUGUCAAUAUAACGAUAAUGUAGGCGUGCAUUACGCUUCACCGGGGCUCCAGACCAGACUCCCGCGGCUGCAGCCCACAGCGCCUGCGCGCGGCAGGCGGGGCUUCGCUACACGCCCUCGCGCUAUUACACAACAAUAUACACCCUAUUUACAAACUGUAGGGGUCUUAAUGGGUUGAUAUGUCGGGUAAAAGUUGAUGUGGGCGUAGCGCCGCCUCUUCUAGCGUAGUUUGUUCAGCGUGGCGCGAGCGGGCGCGCGUGUUCAGUAAUGGUGAUGGAGCGGCUGGCGGACUUCGUCAGCAAGUCGCUGGAGGGGGGCGAAGCGCCGGCGCCGCCGCCGGAGCCCGGGGAGCCGGAGGAUGCGGAUGAAGAGGUGGAUAUUACGGCGUUGGAGGCGCCAGCGCCGAAGCGGCCUAGGAAUUGGUUACUGUCGCCCGUGCCCGCGCCCUGUAAACGGGAGGAUGAAGACGACCACAAACAUGAUGUAUCCGACAAAUCAUCGAACUCAAUCAGCAAUGGCGGCGGCAAGCAGCGGCGGUCUCGCACAAAUUUCACUUUAGAACAACUAGGAGAGUUGGAGCGGUUAUUCGACGAGACGCACUACCCUGAUGCGUUCAUGCGAGAAGAGCUUAGUCAGCGGCUAGGACUUAGCGAGGCGAGAGUGCAGGUGUGGUUUCAGAAUCGACGCGCCAAAUGUCGGAAACAUGAGAGCCAAAUGCAUAAAGGUCUGCUAGUAGCCGGGAGCGGCACUCCUUUAGAGCCAUGCCGCGUGGCGCCGUACGUGUCGGUGCCGCGGCUGUCGGCGGUGCCGCGCGCGCCGGGCCCGCCGCCGCCGAUGCCGCCGCUCGCGCCGCACCCACCGCCCGCCGCCUUCGCGCCAUUCGACUCAGCUCUGCUAUCUGCUGCGGCGCACCAGUACGCGAGUGCAGCAGCAGCGGCGGCUGCAGCGGCGCUAUGCCCGCCGUACGCCGGCCUCGCGGCGCUGGCGGCGCGCUGUCGCUCCUCCUCCAUCGCCGACCUGCGCCUCAAGGCGCGCCGACACGCCGCCGCGCUGGCCGCGGCGCGAGCGCCCACGCCGCCGAUUCCCGCCGAAUCCGCGCCGCCCGCCGCCGCGCCCGCAGACGCAUAGCCUCACGCCAUACCGAUCAAUUUAACUGUGAAAUGUGUACAUAAGUAAAAAAAUAUAUUAUGUGACGACGAAAGUUGAACGAAAUCGGAUGUGGGUGAUAGUAGACAAUUAUAAUUCCAAAAAAUGCACGACGUACAACUUCAAAGUUGUAAUUAAGUAAGUGAUAGUGGUGAUACCGUCUUGAGCGAUGAUGUAUCAGGCGAAAAGUUAUUGGACUCGCGUCGCGUGAUGACUAACUUUUAGCUAAAAUCAAAGGUUUAGGGUGAACACACUACACUAUACCUAUAUGUAAGUAUCUACAUAAACAUAAUCAACAUAAUUAUACUCACACACAAUAUUUUCAUCUGAAAAAAAUGA